AAUAAAUUAUGUUAUAAUCAUAACAAAAAAUAACCUACCAUUCUAACAAUCUCAACUCAGAGCAACAAGUAAUUUCUAUUUGGAUACUACGGAGACUUAGAAAAUUAAGAGACUGGGGAAAAAUAACAAAUCAAACACUUCCCUCUUUAAGAGUAAAGAAGUCUCUAAACUGUGACAAACUCACAAGACCCUUCUUUCAAAUUCCAAUCUUUCCAACAUUCCUCUUCUGUCCACUAUGAAACCGCAGCAACCACAACCGCCAUUGCUCCUCCUCCUCCUCCUCCCACUUCUCUUAACCACCGUCUCCUCCUAUCCACUAAACCCAAAACAGCUCAAAGCUCUCCAAUCACUCAACAUCUCUACACCAACUAAUGAUCCCUGCAACAACAACAACAACCAAUCCUCCUCCUCGUCCAUAACUUGCGACGACGCUUCUCCUUACCGCCACAUCACCUCAAUCUCCUUCACAAACUGCUCCUCCACUCUAUCUCUCCCCUCCAAAACACUCAAACCACUCUCAAAAUCUCUCAUCUCCCUCUCUUUCACUAACUGCCCUUCACUCUCUCCUCCAUACCACCUCCCAAUCUCCCUCCACUCCUUCUCCGCCGUCUCCUCCUUCCUCCAAAACAACCGUACCAAACUCUCCGGCCUCUUCCUCGCUCGUCUCAAAAACCUCAAAACCCUCUACAUUUCCUCAACCCCAAUCCAAACCUCUCGUCGUCUUUAUGUCAUCCUCGGAAACAUGCAUAAACUCACUUCCCUCACUAUCUCAAACUCAAAUCUCACUGGCCUUAUCCCUAAAUCUUUCCACUCAAAUCUCAGAUACAUAGAUUUAUCAAACAACUCACUCAAAGGCUCAAUACGCAUUUCCAUUACUCGUCUCAAAAACCUCAAGUCCUUAAACUUAUCUCAUAACUCUCUCUCUGGCCAAAUACCAAACAAAAUCAAAAGCUUAACUUUUCUAAAAAACUUAUCUUUAGCUUCAAACAAACUAUCAGGAACAAUCCCAAAUUCACUCUCAUCUAUCUCUGAACUUACACAUUUGGAUCUAAGUAUGAAUCAACUAAACGGAACCGUUCCAAGUUUCUUCUCCGAGAUGAAGAACCUCAAACACUUGAAUCUCGCUGAUAACUCCUUCCAUGGAGUUUUACCAUUCAACGAAAGCUUCAUCAAAAAUCUCAACUUUUUCGAAAUUGGAAGGAACAGUGAGCUCUGUUAUAACAAAACUGUUCUCUCCUCGAACUUGAAAUUGGAGGGUCUUGCUCCGUGUGAUAAAUACGGUUUUCCUUUAUGGUCUCCGUCGCAAAAGGAGGAAUCUUUGUCAGGAGAAAACGAUUACGACGUUGAAGGAGGCAAUGAGGAGAAGACGGAGAAUCUGAAGACGAAGGAAGAAGAAGAAGAAGAACACAAAGGUUCCAACAAGACUCUGUUUGGUCUCGGCAUUGGUCUUUUCUCGCUUGUGUUCUUAAUCCUCUUCCUCUUUUAUCUCGCUAAAAGGUGUCGUUUGAUUUGAGAAGUCUGGGACGUAGUAAUUUUGUAUUGGUUGUGUAUUCACCCUUCUCUCCUUCUAAAUGUUUUAUUUUAUUUUC